GCAGGACUCUGCUAAACAGCUGUUAAAUAUUUUGAUUUGAAGAAAAAAAAAUACUCUUGCAAUUUUUUUAGUAAAAAUAUUAAAUAAAAAUAUAUAUCCACUACCACAAAACCUCAAGAGUCAUGUUAGUUUUGCGUCGUUUGGCGCCAUUUUCACAACAUUUUUGCUUAAGCCAGCGUUUUUAUGCUCGCAAAACGGUCGCCACCAUCGAUGCCGAUAUGAAGCAGGUUCAUCAAGAAACAUUACGUUAUAUUAAUCCGCACGCCUACAUAAAAGUAAUUUCAGAUAUUUACGUAAAGGUGUCCACUGUCGAUCCUCACAAAUAUCCCAAUGGCGAUGCCUUAAUUGCAGAACUGCAUGGUGGUCCGGUAAAAAAUUGUACCGCCUCAAUGCAAGUGAAGGUAGCCGAUGAUGAACGAAAUGUAGAAAUUAUUUUGAAAAAAUUAACUGAUGAAACGGAUUUUCAUUGUGAAUUGGCGGUACCUAUUAAGGCGGCUCUUAAUAUCAAUUCAAAACACGGUGCAUCUGUUAAGAACACCUUUGGUGAUGAGUUGAAAAUAAAGGCGGAGAAAUUUAUCAACACUACCAAUGUAAGAGCAGAAAAUAUAGAAUUGUUAAGUGCCGAAGGUGACAUUAGUUGUAAGAAAAUACUUUUGGGAAAAGUGACUACCGUGGAAGCAAAAAAUAAAGGAAAUAUCAUACUGGACAAACUGCAAGGUGAUAAUAUAACAUGUAAAACAUCUCGGGGAAAUAUAACUACCAACUGUAGUUAUGUGGAAUCGUCAAAAUUUGAAACAGACACUGGUUGUUUGGAUUUGAAAAAUGUACACAAAAAAUCAGCAGUUUAUUUGCAUCAAAAGGGAGACCUUAAAAUGACUGGUGUUCAUGGUAAUCUAAAUGUUUUUGCUAACGAAGGAACCAUGUACUUGCAAUUAUCCGAGCUACAAGGUGAAAAUACCGUUGAGUGUAAUAAUCUAACAUCGUCCACUAUUAAUAUAUCUGAUGAUAUAGAGAAAAAUACACAAAUAGAAGUUAAUUUAAAGGGUGAUAUUAAUACAUCUGCUGUAGCAUUGGAUAGCUCAUUAGAGCAUUUUUCAGCAGGAUUAUCAAAGAAUAAACAACAAUUUAAAUGGCCCAUGGAGCAACAACAGCAAAAUCAGUUAAAGAUUAUUAGCAAAAGUUCCUUGACUUUAGGAAAAUCAUCAUGGAUGGAAAUGAUGAGUUUACAAAUGGCAGAGAAGCAGAAUAGUAAUAAUAAAUCAUAAAUAGUUGAAAUAGUUUUAAACUAUAUUUUUAUUUUGGGAUUUGCUAGAUUUGAAGGCAUAAGAGUAAUAUUAUUUUUGUAUCUAAGUUUUUGAUAACUAAACAGGACUAACGAAAAGCUUCUAAUCUGGCAAGUACUUAAAAAUUAUUAUUUUUAAAAUAAGAUGCAUUUUAAAAUAUGAUAUUAAAUAUAAACGAUUAUUGAGAACAAAAGUGUAUUGCCGUUUAAAGUACUCAGUUUCGCAAAGCUAAAAGAAAAUCAAAGUUAAUUAAAUUAUAAUAAAUAAACACAAUUAAAAUUUCAA